AUGGCCCGGUGCCUCCUCCUCGCUGCCCUGGCCGCGCUGCUGAUCUCAGGCGCCCAGGCCGGGUGCAAGCUGCGCCGCGACCCCAACCUGAAGCCGGAGGACCGGUUCUACAACCACGUCCCCCUGAACUCCCAGCUCCCCCUUGAGGCCCUGCCCAAGAACUUUGACUGGAACAACAAGGACGGCCGCUCCUACCUGGCCCCCAGCUGGAACCAGCACAUCCCCCAGUACUGCGGCUCCUGCUGGCUGCACGGCACCGCCUCCAUGCUCCAGGACCGGCUGAAGAUCACCAAGGACGGUGCCGGCCCCGAUGCGAUGCUGGCGCGCCAGGUCAUCCUGAACUGCGCCGCCUUCCACGGCUUCGGCGGCGGCUGCGACGGCGGCGACGUCAUCGACGUCCUGCGCUACAUGGCCGCCUACGGCCUGCCAGACGAGUCCUGCAUGCCCUACGCCGCCACGGACCACACCAAGUAUGGCAAGCAUGCCAAGGCCUGCCCCGCGGAGGGGUACUGCAUGAACUGCAUGCCCAUCAAGGGCAAGGACACGUGCUGGGCGGUGAAGACCCCCAUCCGCUACUAUGUGGAGAGCUACGGCCAGAUCACGGAGAAGGGCGAGGCGCCCAUCAUGAACGAGGUGCUGGCCCGAGGGCCGGUGGUCUGCUCCAUCGCCACCCCCACCGUCUUCGACUACGGCUACCACGCCGGCAUCUUCCACGACAAGGACAACUCCACCGACGUGGACCAUGACAUCGAGAUCGUGGGCUGGGGCGAGGAGGACGGCCAAAAGUACUGGAUCGUGCGCAACUCUUGGGGCACCUACUUUGGUAACCUGGGCUUCUUCAAGCUGGAGCGCGGCGUCAACUCCCUCAUGAUCGAGAACGGCGACUGCUGGUAUGCGACUGUGAGCUGGCAAGACGAGCAGGACAUCCGGUCCGGCAAGAAGGUCGGGACCAUGUGGGGCAUCAUGACCAAGGAGGAGGCCGCUAGGGUCAAGCCGGAGGAGGGAACCAAGCCCCAUAUGAAGGACAGGGCCGAUGAGGAGGAGGGGGAUGAGGAGGCCCCUCUGCGCAUCAAGCCCUUUGGAGGCAAGGGAUCUGCACAGAGCGUGCUGGCUGCUGCAUGA